AUGCGUUACUUCGCUGUCGCUGCUCUCUUCGGCGCCGCCCUGGCCGUCCCCAACCCCGACCAGACCGUCUACCAGACCGAGGAGGUUACCAUCACCUCUUGCGGCCCCGAGGUCACCAACUGCCCGGCCCGCUCCCAGUCCGCCACGGCCCCUCCCGUCGCCGUCACCACUCCCGCUGAGAGCUCCCCCGCCGCCGUGACCUCGGUCCCCGCUGAGGGCACUCCCGCCCAGCCUACCUCUGGCGUCCAGGGCGAGACCUCCGCCCCCGCCCCCUCGGCUCCUGCUGCUGGCACCCCCGGCAACGGCCCGGCUCCCUCCGGCCCUGCCCCCAGCGCUCCCGCCGUCGUCGGUACCCCCGUCUACAGCACCUCGACCGUCUACUCCACCCACGUCACCUCCGGCGUCAACGGUGUUGAGACCCAGACCGUUGCCAUCUCCACCACGGUCUGCCCCGUCACUGCCACCGCCGGUGUCCCCGCUGAGGGUACCCCCGUCGCUCCCCAGCCCCAGGGCCCCAACUCUGGCGUCCAGGGCUUCACUAGCGUGCCCGCUGCUGGUGCUCCCCCUGCCGCCGGCACUGGCAAUGUCCCCUACCCCACCGGUGGCCCCUACGCCUCCGCCCCCGUUGCUGGCACCCCUGGCGCGCCCAUCGUCCCCACCACUCCCGUUGGCACCCCCGCUGGCACUCCUGCUGCCACUCCUUCGCCUGCCUUCACUGGCGCUGCCAACGCUGUGAACGCCGCCGGUGCCGUCGCUGGCUUCGGUGCCUUCGCCGCCUUCUUCCUGUAA